AUGGCGCUUCGACCCGUCAAGCGCACCAAGACAGAACCAAGGACCAUCGAAGCGCUCGGUCCCGACGUGCUCCCGCGCCUCGUUUCGUUCCUGCAGCCAAACGACGCGCUCAACCUCUCGAGCGCCAGCACGGUCCUCGACGCAGCCAUGAACAGGUCCGUGUGGCGCUACGUUCUCAUUAAACAGUGUGGCGUCAAGCCAAAAAUGAUCAAGCCGCGAUCGCAGCUCCGCAAGAUGGUCGUCGGUCUAGUCGAAAAGAAAACGUGCAGUCACUGCGGCCACUUUGAGGUCCGCGGUCCCUUCACGAUCACGGCUGACAAUGAGCACCACGGCGCAAAGCUCUGUUUGACGUGCAUGGAAAUACCAUUUUUCAAUGAGAUUGGACACAUGGAGGCCCUUCGCAAGUACAAGCUCAAGCACCACGAGUUGCAUGCACUGCCAAUCUCGUAA